AUGUUUGGCAAUAGUAUCAAGGCGAGGCGGUUCGGCGGUGGCGUGCACACGAGAUCCACAGCUCCAUCGAAGGCUUAGCUGAGGAGUCUUUCCUGAUUCAAAAGAGUAAACGUCUCUUCCCAGAUAUUUAGAAGGAAAUGGCACCGAAGGGCGCUCCCGUGCUUGCGGCUCGUUCAGGAGGCAAUAGCAACGCCUCUUAUCAAGACAAAGACAAGCCGGCGCAAGUCCGCCAGUCGAACAUAGCCGCUGCGAAAGCUGUUUGCGAUGCCGUCCGUACAUCGCUGGGACCCCGAGGGAUGGACAAAAUGAUCCAGGCGGUGAGCGGUGACGUUACGAUCACGAACGACGGCGCAACCAUUCUGCAGCAGAUGCAAGUCCUUCAUCCGGCUGCUAAGAUGCUCGUCGAGCUCUCCAAGGCCCAGGAUGUCGAAGCCGGUGACGGAACAACAUCUGUCGUUGUCAUCGCCGGAGCCCUACUCGACGCGGCGUCCAAACUUCUGCAUCGGGGAAUCCACCCGACAAUCAUCUCAGAAGGCUUCCAGGCCGCAGCCAAAGAAUGUGUCGAUAUUCUUUCUUCUCCCGAAUACGGUCUCGCCAUUCCUGUCGAGCUGAGCGAUCGAGAAAGCUUGCUCAAGAGCGCGACGACCUCACUCUGCUCGAAAGUCGUUUCCCAGCACAGUGAUCUGCUCGCACCGAUAGCCGUGGAUGCUGUGCUCAGGGUGAUCGAUCCGGCGAAGGACACAAACGUCGAUCUUCGCGAUAUCAAGAUCAUCAAGAAACUCGGGGGAACGGUCGAGGACUCCGAGCUCAUCGAUGGGCUUGUUUUCACUGAGAGAUUGGCUGGAGGACCGAACGCUCCGCACCGAAUGGAAAAAGCGAAAAUCGGCCUGAUUCAAUUCUGCAUCUCUCCACCGAAACCGAACAUGGACCAUCAAGUGAUCGUCUCUGACUACGCAGCCAUGGAUCGCGUCCUGCGCGAGGAACGCGCCUACCUCUUGAACAUUGUGAAACAGGUCAAGAAAACCGGGUGCAACGUUCUACUCAUACAGAAGUCUAUCCUCAGGGAUGCCGUGUCGGACUUGGCUCUGCACUUCUUGGCGAAAAUGAAAAUAAUGGUUGUCAGGGAUAUUGAGCGUGAAGACAUCGAGUUCGUGUGCAAAUCGAUCGGUUGUCGACCGAUCGCUUCCUUGGACCACUUCGUACCCGAGGCUCUCGGUACGGCCGAGCUCGUCGAAGAGGUCACGACAGGCAGCUCGAAAUUCGUUAAAGUUACCGGCAUCGCCAACCCAGGCAGAACUGUAUCGCUGUUGCUGCGAGGAUCGAACAAGCUGGUGCUCGAGGAAGCCGGUCGUUCUAUUCACGACGCGCUAUGCGUGGUCCGUUGCUUGGUGAAAAAACGAGCUCUCGUCGCCGGCGGAGGCGCCCCCGAAAUCGAGAUGAGUCUAAAAUUGGCGGAACGUGCUCGACAGCUCGAGGGUCUUCACUCAUACUGCUACCGUGCAUUCGCAGACGCUCUGGAAAUCAUUCCGUACACGCUCGCUGAGAACGCCGGUUUGAAUCCAAUACAGACCGUCACCGAACUCCGCAACAAACACGCUCAGGGCGAGAAAACGUUCGGUAUCAACGUCCGCAAAGGCUGCGUAACGAACAUCCUCGAUGAGAAUGUACUCCAACCCCUCUUGGUUUCAACUUCGGCCAUCUCAUUGGCUGCUGAAUGCGUCCGUUCUAUUCUCAAGAUAGACGAUAUCGUGCAGACUGUCCGUUAGUCGUGGAUGUCAUCGAACACUGCGCAAUAAACUAUUGCUACAUAUUUAAACGU